AUUUUUCUGACUCUGCUUACUCAUAUCAAAACAUGAAGUUCUUUGUAGUUGUGUCCAAAAUGGAGCUGUAGUGUUCUGCAAUAUGCCAUAAUGACGAAGCAAACAAUUCAAAUUUAUCUCCGUCUUCGUCCAUCAACUAAUAGAAAACAAAUAUCAAAGUACAACAUUGAUGAUUUAACUUACCAUCAUGGACAAUGUCAGCAGUCUAAAAAGCCUAAAAUCACUUUUGAAUGUACUCGACAUGCUCAACAAGAUGAAGUUGUAUGUAAUCGAAAAGAAUUCUAUAAUUUCCAGUUCGAUGCUAUAUUUAAUACAAAAGUUGGACAAGAUCAAGUGUUUAGCGAUGUUGCUAAACCGGUCAUAGAAAAGGCUCUUUUAGGUUAUAAUGGUACAAUAUUUGCAUAUGGUCAGACAGGCAGUGGGAAAACUUAUACAAUCACUGGAGGUGUAGAGAAAUAUUCAGAAAGAGGUAUAAUACCAAGAUGUCUUGCCUAUCUCUUUGAUCAUUUCGAAAAAGAUUUAUCAAGUGAAUAUACUUUAAAAAUUUCAUAUAUGGAAAUCUAUAAUGAAAUUGGUUAUGAUUUAUUAGAUUCCAGACAUAAUAAUAUCACAACGAAAUUAGAAGAUUUACCACGAGUUACCCUAUUCGAACAUACUGAAGCUGGAACAGUACACUUGAAGAAUUUGUCAAUACAUUCGGCUUCAACUGUAGAUGAAGCGUUGAAUUUACUUUUUAUGGGUGAUACAAAUCGAAUUAUUGCAGAAACGCCAAUAAACGAAGCUUCAACUCGAUCUCAUUGUAUAUUCACAAUACAUAUUACAUCACAACAGCACGGUUCAUCAGUUUUACGACGGUCUAAAUUGCAUCUGGUCGAUUUGGCUGGUUCAGAAAGAGUGUAUAAAUCCGGUUUAGAUGGUACUCUAUUAACAGAAGCAAAAUACAUCAAUUUAUCGUUACACUAUUUAGAACAGGUGAUUAUAGCACUAGCUGAACGACAACGUACACAUGUACCAUAUCGUAACAGUAUGAUGACAAUGAUGCUGAGAGAUAGUUUGGGCGGUAAUUGUAUGACAUCAAUGAUUGCUACUUGUAGUAUUGAACAAGAGAAUUUACAAGAAACAAUAUCAACUUGUCGAUUUGCACAACGUGUUGCUCUAAUUAAAAAUGAAGUAACUCUUAAUGAAGAACAAGAUCCUUACUUAACCAUUAAUCACUUAAAAUGUGAAAUCGAACAUUUAAAAGCUGAAUUAGCUUUUGCUACAGGCAUAGAAAAAGACGCUACGUUGAACAUUGAAGAUAAAGAAAAAUGUGAAAAAUUGAUACAAGAAUUUAUUACUACACCACCGAAUGAUGAAGAAGUACGUGUACCAGCUCCCAUUCUUUCAAAUAUUCAAAUGAUAAGUUUAGGAUUCUCACUAAUGCAUGCGUUUCAUUGGAAAAAUAUAAAGAAAUUCGAAUCGAUUAAAGCAUCCACUAAACAAGUUGUAGUUCCCUCUUUACCUAACACUACCAAAGAAGCAGAUCAGUUACGUGAUAUUUUAGCUCAAAGAGAUCAUGAAAUUCGUGUUUUAAUCAAGUUAUUAAAACAGCAGAAGCAAAAAAUUAUUCCAAGAAGCUUCUCACUGAAUGAGUGCACUAAUGGAAACAUUGAAUAUCACGAGGACGAUAAAAAUACAAAUGUUGAACAUGUGAAUAAUAGAUUAACAACUGUAACUUGUAAAACACGGAAUCAAAAUAAUUUUGAAGAGUAUGAAACACUUCAAAUGCCUCAUACGAAAAAACUCUUGGAUGAAUCUAAACGUGCGGUUGAUCAUGUGGCAAAAUGGUUAGAGCAACAAGCCAAAGGAAAAUUACUUGGUCAAUUAUCCAUGGGUCGUGAAGAAGCAUUCCAUUUGUUUAAACAAGACUAUCCACUUCAAGAUGAAAUUAAUAGGCAGAAAGAUGAAUUGAAAUCACUUUAUGCUGAAGCAAAAUUACAAGGAAACAAAAUGUCCCAGGCAAAAGAAGAAGUUGGAACCAUUCGUGUUCAACUCAACGCACUAUUGCAAACCGAUCAAAAUCAUCCUAAAACACAAGAAUCAUUGACAGAGUUACGCAGUCUUCUAGAAUCGAAGAGGAUUCAAUAUCGAGAUUCAUAUAGUUCACUCAAAGAAUUGAAACCACGAGUGGAACAUUUACAACAUUCAUUAGAAUUGGCUAAAAUGCGUUUAGUUCAAGAUUUCGAAUCUUGGUGGAAUCAAAUAAGUAAUGGACAAGAUGACGAUUAUAAUUCAAAUGAACAACGGAAGGAAUUCAUUACUCCGAUUCCGUUGAAUGACACAAAAAAUAUCAAGCUGAAUGACACAAGCUCAACUCACACAGUGGAAGUUCAAAAUAUAUUUGAAUCUUCAAAUCAGUCUUGUGCAGCAGAGUUAAAGUUGAAUGAAUCGUCAUGUGAAAGUCCAAGGUUAAAUAAACAAAUCAAUAACAAUUCAAAGAAUUACCAAUUAGAUCACUCAAUUCCAAUGACCGGUGAUCCUGUAGUUGACGCAGAUAUUCUUACUUUUAUAAGGGCUAGAGAGAAAAUUCGUUCUAAGCGUGUAUUAAUGGACCGAUAAAUGAAAUAUCAUUGUAACAAAUAAGUUCUACACUUGAC